GAAACGUCCAUUUGCCAUUUGCCUAUUUCGUUCUUCCCAUGGCCAUGUGUCUAGUGUCUGAAGUGUGACAAGAAGUGUCUCUAGUUUAAGCUUCGAUUAGAAGUUUAGAAGUUAGAAUUCGUUAGAAGAUUCGUUCACGGACUCAGUGAGAGUGUAUAUUGCAAUUUUCUGAAUAGUUACGAAUUUGCGAUUUGAGUUCUUAUCAGCUAGCACGAUGAGAAGGGCAAGGCCAAAGAUAGCCCCCAAUUUGGUGUCGGCGGCCCGUUCGUCUAAAAAUGCCACAGCAAAUAAGGCUUACCAAUCAAACGAAGACGUAGCAUUAGCAUCUCAUGUUGAAACAAAUUCAACUCCAAAGCCAUUAAUUCUUCCUAGUUUGGAACGAAAUGAUGAAGCUACCAGUUCAGAAGAGUCUACCCUGAUCAUAACUCGUCAGCCUGAACCAGUAAAAAUUAUUCCCUUGGAACUCUUGGAAAUGUCACCUUCUGUAGACAAAGAAAAUGUACUACUCACUGUGGUUUCGGAUGAGCUUUCUAGAGAUGGUCAAGCCAGUAGUUCAGUUAAUGAGCCUGGUGUACCUUCCUUUUCCCAUUACAAGUCUAAAAACAGAAUUCGACCAAUCAUUAUCAAUGCACCUCAUCGUAUAAGGACAAUCUCUAGUGCUAGUGAAUCUGAAGAUGAUGCUGCCAAGAAACAGUUGAGGACACAACUCAACUCUCCAGUAAAAAAACCACCGGCCAAAAAAGAUAAUGUUGACACAACAUCUCCAUUGCCACCCAAAGCAUCUACAGAGAAGGGUAAAAGAGGUAAAAACAAAUCUGAUCAAAAGACCCCACUCGGGUUAAAAAAGGCUAUCAUGAAAAGUAAGUUUGCCAGUGGUCCAGUGGAUCGUUCCAAGAUGAUCAUGUUUGAUCUUAUCUACCAUAAUCCAGAUGAGGGUGAGAGACCUCCAAAUGCUUCAGAAAAAUUGAAGAAGCGACUUAAACCUUUUGAGGUCCAAGAGCUGGCAAAAGACCAAGCAGGAAAUGCAGAAACUACCGGAAAUGCCAACUUGGAUGAUAGGCUCGCCGAAGAGGAGGAAAUGAGAAUGAUGGAAGAAAAUCCAGAGAAUUCUGAAAAUGAAGGAGGAAAACAGUCAGAAGAGGAAGAAGAAGCCACCAUGCCAGUACCGCAAGUUCGCCUGGGUCCCGAUGGAGAAAUCCUACUAGACGAGAAAAGUUUGGUAAUUGAUACUAGCGAAACUAAACGUAACAAAAGCCAACUUGCAAACGCUCCAAUAAUCGUUGAAAAUAAUCCCACUAUGGUGAAUUAUGGUUCAUGGCGUAAGAGGCGACGUGCUGACCGUUGGAGCAUGGAAGAAACCUCUCGCUUCUAUCUAGCACUGAAAAUGCUAGGUACCGAUUUCUCAUUGAUGGAACCGCUUUUUCCCGGCCGUGACCGUGUUGAUCUGAAGCGGAAGUUCAAGUCCGAAGAGAAAACGAAUUCUGCCUUGGUUGACAAACAUAUAUCUAACCCGAUACCAUUUGAUAUAACCCAGUUCAGGGAUAAAUCACCAGUAUAUUCUCAAAUAGGAGAGGAUUCGAGCGGCGUGGAAUACGAAAGCCAAGAUAAAUCAAGAAAAGAUGCCACUAAAUCUACGCAGACCACUGACAAAAAGUAUAAGGGGAAAAACAAUAAAAAAGAAAAGGCUUUGAAGAAAACCGUGAGCGUCCAAGAUCAAAAUCCUGAGUCUGAUUCGGAUCAAUUUUCAAUCGCAUCUAUAAGAUCCCCUUAUAAGGAAACUUCAAACAAAGAAUCCGAAGAAGAAAUGGCACCCCCUGCGAAAAAAGGCCGGAAGGGGAAAGCCACCGAAUCUCGAGUGUCUGCAAGAGGUCGAAAGACGAAUAUUGGAUCCCGAUCUGGUAAAAUAACUCGAAGAAAGAAUGUAAAGCCUCUUGAUUCUUAUGACGAAGAACCAGAAAACCCUACUGAGAAUGAUGCUUUAGAACCAGCAAAUUGUUCAAAGGAUGCCAACCCUGCUGCUCCAAAUUCAAAUAAUCCACUCGAGAAUCUACUUAAUUCUCCCCUUGGAAAAUUGGUUUAGAACAAGUCCCUCCAGUUCUUUCAGAAGCCAAUCCCGCUUUUGCUCAAGCUGAACCCGGUAGUUUAGUGUUGGUGGCAGAACCCAAUCCCGGAGAUCCUAACAAUCAAUUGGUCCACGUCUAACGUAUAGCCGAACAACUUGAACCGGUCCCCUAACAAGAUCGAUUUUACCCUUUGAAUUUUGCCCAAUCCUUAAUUAUUAAUUUUAUGUGUGUGUGUAUGUUGUUCCCAUCAAAAAUUGAAUACCUAACUGUUUACUGCUUUUAAGGCCAGUGUGUAAGGAACAAUGUAUAUUUAAACAGAAUUGUUAUUUGAAAAUUUUCACAUUCCACAUAGAAUUGAAGUGCUUAAUCAAUUGUAAUAAUAUGACAUGUAAAAUUACAAGAAACUAAGAAGCUGCACAGAAGAAUCUUCAUAAUUUCGGAUAUGAACUUUUCUGGCAGUGUUCAUUUUCAAACUACUUGAGGAGUCAUUUCUAAAUGUGUUGGUUUUGUCUGAUGUUUCGUUUGCUCACUACUAUGACGACAAUUACAGCCACUGCAACGAGGUAAGGGCAACAAAACAGGUAUCAAAACAUCAGCAGGAUGGCUGACGGGGUACGAGUAACUUGAA